ACCAGUUUGCUCCUUCUUUGAAUCUUACUUCUCGAGACGCCUGCCUUGAAAGAUCUGUACUUCCAGCAAUAAUCCAUCAGGUCUUGUCCAAUCUCGCAUCAGAAUCACCGCAGCAAAUAUAGUUCGAGUAUACCGGAGUUAAGAUCUGCUCCUCCGCUUCCACACAGGUACUUUAUCGUCGUCGACCAAGGCACUCGAGGCAGAAAGCACUUGUGACUGUCGACAAGCAUGCCAUUCCUCCGCCAGGCGCAAGGCCUCAAGCUUCGCGCCUACCCUUUACCGCUUCUGAACAACGCCAUCAUCUACCCUUCUACGACCCGACAUGCCAGCCACUGGAACAAACAAAAGAGGAGUCGAGUCGUACAAGAUGCUCAAGCACAAGUCCCGUCGAAUCAUAACGAGUCGGCGUCUGGCAAACGUCAGAAGCACUUCAGGAAGUUCAACACGCCUGAUUUCUUGUAUCAAGACACGGAUGCUGCCUCAGGAAAAAGCGGUCGUUUUACACAGUUCUCCUCGGUAAAACUCCAUGCGUCGCACAAUCCUGGACUGAACCCAUCUGUAGAGGCUUCAUGUACUUCGUGGGACUCCAAGACCACUACAACAAGCAAUACCAUCUACGACCCUAUUUCGGGAAGAAUGAUUCCUGCUAUCAUUCCGACGCGAGACGGCCAGGAUGAUCAGAGUAUUAACCAAGUUCAUCACAAGCCCACAGUCGUGUCACAAUUGCCAAAGGAUGACAGAGCCGCGGCGAACACUCCAACAAUGAAUGCUUCCUUCACAGAGGACUUUGAGCAGACAUACGAAACCGAGCGUGACGAACUGAAUGCCACCCGCAGACAUCUAGACGCCUUGCGUGAGCAGAUACAGAUUCUGGAACGUCAGACUCAUCAACAGAUGACGAGGCCAGACCACGUCGUUGCGGUUGAGAGACCCGCCGUUUUCGAACAUGGCUGGGACAACAAACCUAAAGGACUUGAGACUAACUUUGAGCACGAAAAGGAGGCGUGUAGACAUGGCAAGAUGGAUCCCUUGGAGCAAGAGAUGGCUGCUCUUAACAAGACACCCACCCAGGAGAUCCAUGACGACCAUAGUGUAGCUCCUAGCGGCAUGGAAACACUCUUUGCAAAAGAACAGCAUGCCCGUGGCACCAGCCACAUGUCUUCUCUGGAGCAGGAACUGGCCGCUAUGAACACCACUCCUCUUCCGCUUGAUGACGGUUAUUCGCCGUCACCCCAAGGUCUCGAGACGCUCUUUAGGCAAGAGCAGCAGGAGACCAACACAGGCAAACGUGAGUCUUUAGAGACCGAGAUCGGCAAGACCGACGCUGCACAUGGCAAAUCAGAUCACACGGAUCGAGUCGCCAAAAAGUCGAUCGGUCUUGAGGCCAUGUAUAAGCGAGAGCAACAAGGUUCCCCUGAGAGGCUCGAGCGUGAACUCGAGCAUAUGGCAUCCGAUCUAGCCGUGAGAGAGUCGCACGAUGCCUGUUCGACUGUGCCCACCGGUUUGCAGACCAACUUUGAGAAGGAGACGACUGAGACCCCGUUCAAGGAUAUCGAGCAUGAGCUCCACGACCACAUUCAGGCUCGCAGUCUCAAAGACGAUAUCUUAGUUAACCUAGGCGGGAUGCAGACACUCUGGAGACGAGAACAGGAAGAUGUUGCGAGAGGUACUGUCAGAUCCCUUGAGCAGGAAAUACAAGCUCGGCAGCAGCCAUCUAUGUCCGCGACUGAAAGUGACCUCGCGCCGUUCGGUAUGGAAACCCACUUUCGUAAUGAGACCAAGGACACCGAAAAUCACAAGACGAAGAGUCUGGAAGAAGAAGUGAAUCGCGAAGUGCAGGCCCAGGAGAAGAAGAACACAAUGCUCGGAAAACGUCAAAGUCUGGAAAAUGGAAGAAGCUUCAUAUCACGAAGAUGGCUACUCGCGUGCACCCAUCGGCAUGGAAGAACCUUUCGAAAGAGAGACCAAGGUCGAAUCGGGUAUCCCCGAAGUGGACUUGAAGGACAUGCCGGGUGAGGGAGAUCUAUCUCCAACUGUGGGUAAGUUCGCUACCAGCGAUAUGUGGUAUAAGCAGACUUCCAGAAGCACGUUUUCUGAAGAUUCCCCAAAGGCAGACGUUAGAGAACUCAGACAGCAUAUCACGGGCUUUGGACGAACGCCCGAUAAAAGGAUUUCAACCCCUGUUGAACCAAGCGUCUCGUGUCCAAAGGCUGCAACCACAGCAAAACAAACAUCAAUACCAGAGUUGCCAGAGAGCAUUUCUGAAGGUGCAUCCUUAGCACCUGAAUCCUUACCGAACGUUGUUUGGGCUCGACCCGCUCUCUAUAAGAUAAUCGCCUACGACUCCAGCAAAGAUGCUGUCUCAAUCACUACCACACCUACCAAUUUCUCGGACUCCGAGACUCCCAUAUCACUACCUCAGGCUGUCGCACAGCUAGCUCAUACUGCUCGUUUCAUACCA